AUGGCUGUACAUGCUCGCACGCCUUUAUCGAGUAUUUUUCUCAUUCUUGCUCUCUAUUUUUUGCAAGGCAUGAAUCUUGGAAUUACGGGUAGCAUUCCGCUAUUUUUAAUUGCCCAUGGUGCUACAUGGAAAGAUCGAGGUAUAUUCAAUUUCGCUUUUUAUCCAUUCUCAUUGAAACUUAUUUGGGCACCAUUGAUUGAUGCUCUCUAUGUUAAACGCUUUGGUAGAAGAAAAUCGUGGCUCAUUCCUAUUCAAUUCAGCGCGGCUGUGAUUUUACUUUUCCUAUCGUUCUAUGUGGAAUCGUUUGUUGAAAAUCUUCGUGUUAUAUUACUUGCUGUCAUUUUCUUUGCUAUCGUUGUUCUCACCGCAACCCAAGACAUAUGUGUUGAUGGUUUAGCUAUUUCACUAUUUACUGCAACGAAUCCUCAAUGGGCGUCCACAUCGCAAACCGUAGGACAAACUAUGGGUCGUUUUAUGGGUUCCUCGUUUCUGUUGACAUUUGAAUCGGCAAAUUUCACCAACCGAUUCAUUCGUGAACCACUUUCAAUAACUCCCAAAGAAUCAGGCUUAUUCUCACUUCAACAAUUUGUACGGUUCGCAGCUCUGGCUUUUCUAAUUGUUACCACAUGUCUGAUCUUUUUUUUUCGAGAAAAAGAAAAUUUACCAACUGCCGACGGUGAAAAAACAGAGAGUCUAUCUUUAACUGAAGCGUAUCUUUCAAUCUUCAAACUUUUCAAAAAGAAGUGUAUUCAACAGUUGACUCUGGUUUCACUUCUUGCCCCUAUGGGAGCGGUUGCUGUUAAUUAUAUGACCUCGUUGGCACUAGUAAAUCAAGGUGUCCCACGAGAAAAUUUAGCUCUUGUCAGCAUACCAGUGACCAUCGUCACAAUUGUAGCUCCUCUAGCUAUUCGCCAUACAGAAUCACCUCUCAGAUGGUUUGCUGGCUCAUAUAUCGCGUACAUUAUGACUGGUAUCCCCGUCGCUGCUUACGUCUAUUAUACUCCUAACAUGAUCUCAACGAGCUACUAUUAUCCAAUACUUAUUCUACUUCUUGCAUUGAACGAAUUUUGUAAUGCAUUAAGAUUCUCUGCUCAAAUCGGAUUCUUUGCUGCAAUCAGUGAACCACGUAUUGGCGGCACUUAUAUGACACUACUCGUUACUUUACACAAUGCAGGAUUCGCGAUUCAUUCAACAAUCGUUCUUUAUGUAGCAAACUGGUUGCCAAAGAAUUAUGACUUUGUUAUAGCAACAGGUGCAUGUACCAUUAUUGGCAUUAUCUGGCUUGGAUUUUCGUUUCGAACUUUAAAGUGGUUACAAGAAAUACCCACACAUGAAUGGUAUUUAUUACCAAUACAACACUUAGAUGAUGCAGUGAAGUCGAACGAACAAGGUCCAAACGAUCAUCGAGCAUCAUUGAUGGCGGAUGAAUGA